AUGCGAUCCGAUGAUUCAAGCAAAAGUUUCGACGGUAUGGUGACUCUGGACCAACAGCAACUUCAGCAACAUCGUCAGGAUCAAGAUGACAAUCACCGUAUUUCCAAUAAAAAUUCAGUUGAUUACCAAAAUUUCCAGAAUCUGCAAAAAUUAAACGGAAUUAGAAAAAUUGUUGAAGAAAAAGAAGAAGAAGAUGUUGAUAAGAAAGAAGAAGAAAUUGGUGAAGAAAAAGAGAAAAAAAUAGAAAUAUAUGAUCAAAAGAAAAAUGAAGGAGAAAAUGAGGAAAAUGUUAUUGUAAAUAAUGAGAAUAAUGAUUAUUAUUUGGAUAUUGAGAGUUAUGAUGAAUCGACGUCGAGUAGUGACGUGGAGGAAGAUUUAGAGGAGGAUGUUCUUCGCGAUAGAGGAUGGGUGUCAGAAAUUCCAAGUGCACCACAAAAUUGUGAGAUAGGAACAGCGAAUGGUAUUCCAUUACCAUCAGUCGAAGCACCAUGUUUCGGUGAUGUUUGCGUUAAAAAUUCGAAUAAUGUUCAUUUAGGUAGCAAAACAUUUUACAAGGGCCCAGUGACAAUAAAACAAUUUGUCUACAGUAAUUCCGAAUAUAAAAAGGACGAUGAAUUGGAGGAUAGUGAGAAACGAGACUCAGUGCGAAGUCAAAAUAUCAGUCAAACAUCUGACGUGCCAUUAAAUUCCGAAUUUAUCAAAGUAAAACAAUGGCUGAUAACGUGGAAGUGGGCAGCAAUUUUUUUCACAAUAGUUGUAAUGUUCGUGACAAUCAUUGUUAUGAUUGUAUUAACUUCAGGACACAAUAAGACUCCACACAUUCCCAUUUACCCAGAAUUGCCUGAUUCAUCAACUGGCGCAGAUGUUUGGAUUCACGGUGUUAAAAUAGUUUCACGAGAUGAAUGGCUAGCUCAACCACCUCAGGAACGUGAAAAAUUAAGUUUACCGGUGAAAUAUGUGUUUAUCAGUCACACAGCUACGGAUUUUUGCAAUAAUCAAGCUCAAUGUGUACAUCGAGUGAGAUAUAUUCAAACAUUUCAUAUGUCAUCACAAGGUUGGGCUGAUAUUGGCUACAGUUUCCUGAUUGGCGGCGAUGGUAAUGUUUACGAGGGCCGAGGUUGGGAUUAUGUUGGCGCACAUACAUACAAUUAUAAUAAUAUAAGCAUUGGCUUAUCAUUUAUUGGUACAUUCAACGACUAUAUGCCACCGAAGAGUCAAAUAUUUGCGGCUCAAAAAAUUAUCGAAAAAGGCGUUGAAUUAGGUAAAAUAAGUAAAAAUUAUACCCUAUUAGGUCAUCGACAGGUGUCAAAAACUGAAAGUCCAGGCGAUGCACUUUUUUCGGAAAUUAAAAAAUGGCCACAAUGGGCACCGACACCUUGAGGAAUUUCUUCUUUUUUACCUGAAAAAAAAAGAUUUUUGAAAUAUUUUUUUUACAUUGCUUUUCGUCAAUAUUUACGGAACUGAAUUUAAUUAUUACAAAAAGAAUAUUUAAUUUAAUUAUUGCAAAAAGAAUAUUUAAUUUAUUGAUUGUAAAAAGAAUAUUUAAUUUAUUCAACAAUUACAAAAAUAUAUUUAAUAUCAAAAUUUAUUAUUUUAUAUUAUAUCAAAAUUUUACCAAUUAAAUAUACAGUCUAUUCGGUAAUAUUAAGUCUCUAAAAAUACUAAAAAUAUAUUUCUUUCGUAUAUAUUUCAGUUCCGAGUAAUCUGUGAUUGUAAAUAAUAAACAAUAAUUUAAAAAAACUCUUUUCGAGUAAAAUUUCGAAAGAUCAAAAAAAACUAUUUUAUAAUUUAUAAAUAUUCGCUUAAGAGAAUAAUUUUUUUUGGUUUAUAUCCAUAAUUAUAUGUAAUAAUGAAAGGAUUCCUAAGUUAUAAAUCGAAAUUACGCAUUAGAAAUCAUAAUCAUUUAUCGUUUUAAUGAUAAGGUAAUUUUUUACUUGAAUCACUUGCUUUCUCUGUAAAUAAUUUUUUUAUGAUUGCGUUACAUUAGAAGUAAGUUAGCUUUUAGAAUGAAAAAAUCGAAAAAAAUGAAGAGAGAUGCUUCUUGUGUUUUAUCAAUUUUGCAGGAAUAUUGUAUAAAAAAUGUUUUUCAAUUUACAUGAAAUUUUUCGAUAAUAUAAAUGUAGACAUUUGUACAGGUGUGCGAAAAAACGCUAACAAACUUGUAAUUAUACUAGCUUCUUCGAAUUUGCAUUGUAAAUUUAAAAUAAUCUACGUAACAGGUAUAAAUUGCUUAUUCGAGGAAAGAUAACAUUCUCUUUUUUAUUUUAAAUAAAUUUCAACUUAUUCAAAAAAAAAAAAGAAAUAGAAGUUUCAAAAUUGUAUAAUUAUACUGAGAAAUUGUAAUAAAGAAUAAAUUAUAUAUGUUUUUAA